AUGCCAAUGGAUACGUCUGAGACUCAAGCGACUACGGCAGAAACUGGGAAUAAGAAGAACUCGCGGGCGCGGCGUGGUAGACCGCCUAACAGCUCCCUUCACCAGAGGCUGAUUGAGGAAGAGUUGAAGAAACUGAACGGCUUCUCGGGCUCGAGUAGGGGCGAUCUGCAAGCCCUUCUGGAUCACCCACAAAUUCUCGAGUUGAGCACGAACUCUUCGUGCGUAGGACAGCUGCGCCUGCUCUAUCUGGGCAUUGGCAGUUGUCAAUCCCUCAUCCAGUUCAAAGAAAGCCUUCGAGUUGCCAGGACUAGAUCGAAUACAUCCGUCCACGCCAUUGGGCCCAACCUGCUUCCCAAGGAAAGAUUUAGAGAAAUCUGUCUCUAUGAUGACCAGGAAGCUCUGUCUGUACUGGCGAGGCGUUACCACGUGGCCAAGCUGUUCGAAACAGAGCUAGAAAAUCUGCGGCAGGACAACGCAAUAAUCGUAGAAACCGCGGCGGAUUUUGGAACAAACCACACACCCCAGGCGGGAAAUCCUGCUAUGAUACAAGAGGCUGCGCUUACGGACAGGUUGCUGGAAAAGGUCGCGCCGGAUGUGAUGACGGGGACCACAGAGUUCAAAAGGGUCCGCGAUAGGCUAUCACAAAUGCGGAGACUUGCGAAGAGGUUGCAACUAUUGAUCAAAACGUACGGUUUCGGCAUCCUUGCAUUGCUCCCAUGCGGCCCAUCGUACUCGGACUUUACGAUCACCGAUUGCACGCUAAUCUCAAUCCCCGAGGCCGUGUUUGCACAGUUUUCGGAGCUGUUGUAUCAACAUCAGGGAAUGGUUCUUGCCGAGCUCAGCAAAGCUGUUGAGCCAGCUCUUACGGCACUCGCGGACGGGACGCUGGAAUCUGAGACGCUGUUUCCUAUCGAAUUUGCGGGAGUCAGAGACUUCGAGGUGUUACCAAUGGGUUCACAGGAGGUUUUGUCUAUUUGCGUAUGCGGGGCCCUGGCGAGCCUGUGA